AUGUCGGCUACGGUACACCCACAACAUUUCCUGCUGGUACCACCGCGAAUCGUCCUGCAGGACAUGGAUGAAGACGAGGAAUGUAAUGAAACAAGAGGUCAUUGCCAGGAAAGCCCAGAUGUUCUCUUCAAUGCAAACAACAGCAACAACAAUGAGGAGGAUGAGAAGAAAAAGAAAAAGGAAAAGAAGGAAAAAAAGGACAAAAAGGAAAAAAAGGACAAGAAGGAGAAAAAGGAGAAAAAGGAAAAGAAGAAAGAAAAAGAAAGGGAACAGGAAAAGGAGAAGCAGGGAAAAGAAAAAGAAAAGGAAAAGGAGAAGGAAAAUGCAAAAAAAGAAGAGCCCAAGGAAAUCUAUGUUAUUAACCCAGCUGGUAAUACAUACUACAACUGGCUAUUCAUCAUCACCAUGCCUGUAAUGUAUAACUGGACUUUAAUUAUUGCCAGAGCAUGCUUUGAAGAACUUCAGAGUGACUAUUUGAAAUUCUGGUUCAUCGUAGAUGCUUUAGCAGACCUAACAUACUUGGCUGACAUGGUCUUCAGGACAAGAACAGGCUACCUGGAACAAGGCCUGCUCGUGAAAGAUGAAAAGAAGCUACGUGACCGAUACGUAACAAGCGUGCAGUUUAAAUUAGACCUAAUAUCAAUGAUACCAACGGACAUUUUUUACUUGAAGCUCGGAGUUAGAUACCCAGAAAUUCGUCUCAAUAAGCUGUUCCGCGUGAAUCGCAUGUUCGAGUUCUUCCAGCGAACCGAGACAAGGACCAACUUCCCCAAUGUCUUCCGUAUUUCGAACCUUGUUAUGUACAUCGUGAUCAUCAUCCACUGGAAUGCAUGCAUGUACUACUCGUUCUCAAAAGCAAUUGGCUUUGGAUCAGACACUUUUGUCUACCCUAAUGUGUCCCAUCCGGAGUUUGGGCGGCUGGUCAGAAAGUACGCAUACAGCCUGUACUGGUCCACUCUGACGUUAACCACCAUCGGUGAAACCCCUCCACCAGUCCGUAACUCAGAAUUCUUUUUUGUUGUUUUUGACUUCCUUGUGGGCGUUUUGAUCUUCGCUACUAUCGUCGGUAAUGUUGGUUCCAUGAUUUCCAACAUGAAUGCUUCCAGGGCUGACUUUCAGGCCAGGAUUGAUGCCAUAAAGCAGUACAUGAGCUUUCGAAAGGUCUCCAAGGACCUGGAGAAGAGAGUUAUUAAGUGGUUUGACUACCUGUGGACCAACAAGAAAGCUGUGGAUGAACGGGCUGUACUGAGGUACCUGCCAGACAAACUGAGGGCAGAAAUUGCCAUCAACGUCCACCUGGAUACACUGAAGAAGGUGCGGAUUUUUGCUGACUGCGAAGCUGGGCUGCUGGUGGAGCUGGUGUUGAAGCUGCAGCCACAGGUCUUCAGUCCUGGGGACUAUAUUUGCAAAAAGGGGGACAUUGGGAGGGAGAUGUAUAUCAUCAAGGAAGGAAAGCUGGCUGUUGUGGCAGAUGAUGGCAUCACACAGUUCGUGGUCCUUAGCGAUGGGAGCUACUUUGGGGAGAUCAGCAUCCUAAACAUCAAAGGCAGCAAAGCGGGCAACCGCAGAACAGCUAACAUCCGCAGCAUCGGCUAUUCCGACCUGUUUUGUCUCUCUAAGGACGACCUCAUGGAAGCGCUGACGGAAUAUCCAGAUGCCAAGGCCAUGCUGGAGGAAAAGGGAAGGCAGAUUCUGAUGAAGGAUGGGCUACUGGACUUGGAAGUCGCCAAGCAGGGCCCCGACCCCAAGGACAUGGAGGAGAAGGUUGACCGGAUGACUGGUACCCUGGAGAUCCUGCAGACCAAGUUUGCACGGAUGCUGGCUGACCACGAGGGCGCGCAGCUCAAGCUGAAGCAGCGCAUCACAAAACUGGAGAAAAAUAUCACAACCUCAGGAGGAGUUCUCUUCCCUGAAACAGCAGCUCCAGAAGGAGUUGCUCCCACCGUAGAGGGAGAGCAGCCAGAGGAAAAGAAAUAG